AUGGCUUUGCCACACAAUCGUAUAUCUCGAAAACGUGAACACAAAUACAUUAGCAAGGACGAUUCGGAAAAUCAGUCGAAUAACGAAAUAAAGCAAUCUCAAUAUUUAGCUGCUGCCGCGUUAAGACAAUUUAAGAUUCUGAGGAAAAAUAAUGAGAAAUUGAAUGAUUGUAAUAAAUCUAAUCGCUUCAAUCCUCAUUCAAGUUCUGCGGUUGAAACCGAGGUUCCAAAAAAUUCGAUGAAGAAUUUAGUCAAACAUCGUAAGAAUGAAAUGCCUAUUAGCUAUAACGAAUUAUUGUCUAUGGCACAAUUAAAUGUCGAAAAAUUAAAUGAU